GCACGCACGCAUACUUAUGUGAUUUGUUACUUAUAUAGCCAGCUCUAAGUACUUUCUUGACUAAAUGUAACAAAAUAAGUCAAAAGUGCAUUAUCUGUUCAUCAUCAUGUUCUUCUUGUUGCAGAUAAUCUCGGCAUUUGUCUGUGCAAAGAUAAACAGCAGCCAAAACAGAUUCAUGUGAUGAAUUUUCUCAGUGGUAAAGAAGAACUUGUGGAUUUGGAGGAACUAGCCAGCAGAAUUGGUAAUCUUUCGGAUGACCAGAAAUUGCUGACUUGCAGGACUCCAAAAGAAGCAAUACUGGUGCUGAUGGAUACCAGUUCCUCCAUGGAGGAGGAAUGUGAGCUGAAAAUGAGGAAAAUAGAUGCUGUGAAGGAGCUAUUUGACAGCUUUGCAUCAAGGACCAUGGCCUAUGAUUUCUAUCACGUGAUUGGCCUCAUGGGGUUCAGCACAGACGUGAAACUCCUGCAUACAUUUAAAGAAACUCUGGAAACAUUCAAGCAAUCUCUGCGUAACCUUCAACCGAAUGGCCGGACUGUUCUGUACGAUGCCCUGCAACAAGGAGUGAAGGAAAUGGAGGAAGUGAAGAAGAGGUUCCCUGAUUGUAGACUUCGCAUCAUAUGUCUCACAGAUGGAAACAAUGUUGGGUCAACAGUUAAACCUGAAACUGUUGCAGUAAAUCUGAUCAAAUCCAACAUCAUUGUUGAUUCCGUCUUAAUUGGAAAAGUCGAUAACAGCAUGCUUCAUGGAAUCAGCAUCGCCACAGGGGGUUGCUGUUUCAAGCCAGAAACACUGACGGAUGGCCUCAAACUUUUUGAAUGUGAGACUGUUCUUUCUUUGGAAAUGAGAAAACCCAGGAAAAAACUUGAUCCAUCCUCCAUCACAAGUGAGACCGUUUUAACAAGCAUCUUUGCACAACAAGGCUAUGAUGACCUCCCAGAGACCUCUCUGCCAAGCGGGUUUAACAACACAGUGACCGUUGCACAGAAUGCUUUCAAAAGUCUAAGAUCGAAAAAAUAUUCCUCAAUGGAGAGGGGCAAACGUGUACUAGAGGAGUUGAGAAUCCUGCAUUGUCACCCUCAUCCCUACUUCAGUGUCUUCCCAUCCGACUCAGACUUCUGUAAGUGA